AUGGCGCCCACGGCAUCCAACAGACUCGCCGCCGAAUCACGCAGACUGGGCCUGCCACAGAGCCAGACCCGCACCAUGUCCUCAGGCACAGCAAAGAUCAAGGUCAAGAAUCCCGUCGUCGAACUCGACGGCGAUGAGAUGACUCGGAUAAUCUGGCAAGACAUCAAGGACAAGUUCAUCUACCCGUAUCUGGACAUCGAUCUGAAGUACUACGACUUGGGCUUGCCCUACAGAGAUGAGACGGACGACCAGGUCACGGUGGAUGCUGCGGAAGCCAUCAAGAAGUAUUCUGUAGGUGUGAAGUGUGCGACUAUCACUCCGGAUGAGGCCAGAGUCAAGGAAUUCCACCUGAAGAAGAUGUGGCUCUCUCCCAAUGGCACAAUCCGAAAUAUCCUCGGCGGCACUGUCUUCCGGGAGCCUAUCGUGAUCCCUCGAAUUCCCCGUCUGGUGCCCGGUUGGGAGGCGCCCAUCAUUAUCGGCCGUCACGCAUUCGGAGACCAAUAUCGCGCCAAGGACACGGUCAUUCGUGAAGCGGGCACAUUGGAAAUGGUCUUUACACCUAAAGAUGGCGGGGAAGCACAAAAGAUCAAGGUCUUCGACUUCCCUGCGACAGGCGGCGUUGCGCAAACACAGUACAACACAGAUGAUUCGAUAAGAGGAUUCGCGCAUGCGAGUUUCAAGUUCGCCCUUGACAGGGGUUAUCCGCUCUACAUGUCGACGAAGAACACCAUUCUGAAGGCCUACGACGGACGCUUCAAAGACAUUUUCCAGGAAAUCUACGAGAAAGAAUACGCCAAAGAAUUCGAAGCCAAGAAGAUCUGGUACGAGCACCGUCUGAUUGACGACAUGGUUGCACAAAUGAUCAAGAGCAGCGGAGGAUUUGUGAUCGCCAUGAAGAACUAUGACGGAGAUGUGCAGAGUGACAUUGUUGCGCAGGGCUUUGGAUCUCUCGGUUUGAUGACCAGUCAGCUGAUUACUCCCGACGGCUUGACAUUUGAGAGUGAAGCCGCACACGGCACUGUUACACGACACUACCGAGAACAUCAGAAGGGCAGAGAGACCAGCACCAACCCCAUUGCCAGUAUUUUCGCCUGGACUCGGGGAUUGGUCAAGCGUGGACAACUUGACGACACGCCCGAGCUGGUGACUUGGGCGGAAAAUCUGGAGAAGGCAGUCAUUCAGACGGUCAAUGACGAUGGAAUCAUGACCAAGGAUCUUGCGCUGGCAUGUGGGCGCAAAGAUCGGGAGGCGUGGGUCACCACGACCCAGUUCAUGGAGGCCAUUGAGAAACGUUUCAAGAAGAAUCUGGAGGCUGAGGGCCUGGGCGAUGUGGCCAAGGCAUAA